CCUACCACAUUCGACGCAAUACUGUUGAUACGGUUGCAUUUGUAUUCUCGAACAACCCAGCACCGUUUGUGUAGUGAUUACAUAGAAGCAGUGUUUGUUUUUAUAAAAAUCAAGGAAAUGGCGUUCAAGACGGUAAUACUUGCGUUAAUGUUGGUGGCGUGUGCGCACGGUAGACUGUAUGCGUUCCUGAGACCCGCCAAAACGGCAGACUCGCAGCCGGCUCCAGCCGCCGCUAUCGUGCGUUCACAGCCGAGACUGGGAUAUGAACACCACCACAUACCUGAUGACCAACAUAUUGAUUAUUAUGCGUAUCCCAAGUACGUAUUCAAGUAUGGCGUGAACGACUUCCACACGGGAGACAUUAAAACCCAUCACGAGAGCCGAGACGGUGAUGUCGUAAAAGGUCAGUACACAGUUGUGGAGCCUGAUGGUUCUAUUCGUACUGUGGACUACACCGCCGACAAGCACAAUGGUUUUAAUGCUGUCGUCCAUAAGACCGCCCCAAUUUCGCCCCACGAGGCCGCCCUCUUAAACCAUUAAAACACACAGGAACCUAGCACCAGUUCACCAAUGACUGAGUAUUAGAAGAGUUAUAAAGACGAUUUGUCUUUAUUUACAUACUUAAUGCUCGCAACAUGAUAAUUGUACUAUGAGAUGGCGAUUCUAUUAAAUCGACCAUCCUUUAUGGGGUUUUAAAUUAAAAAUUUGGCCAUUCUUUCGUUAUCUAGUUAUAGUCUAUUUAAUAUUAGAUUAGUAAACGUUGUUAUGAGCCCGUUGAACAAGAGUUGAUCGUUCACGGUUCUCGUUGUUUAUUAUUUCUGUUAUUCUUAUAUUUAUUUAUGUUAAAAGUUGUACCUGAUUAUAACUGUAUUGUUUGUUGAUAAUUUACUUAACAAUAAUGUUGUUGUAAUAUUUUGCACUUAAUGUUUUUUUAUUUAAAUCUAAGCAUUGUCAAUAAAAUUGACUGAU